UUUUUUGGUUAGAUUAUAUAUUGACUUCAUUAGGUAGAUUGGUAUUUACUUGUUUGGAUUGUUAACUGAAGUAGUUAGCCUAAAAUCGGCAAGACGAAAGUCCGAUGUAUUGUAGUCACCGAUACAGCGCCGUUUCGUGUGCCUAAUACGAUUUAGAUAGAAAACAAAACCAGUCCAAGUAAUACCUGUAUAAUCCUGAAAUAUUACACUAGACAUCAUGAAUUCCAAAUCAACAUCACUGAUGAUAUUCAAUCGCCUUUUGUUACUUUCGUUUGUAAGUAUACACCUUUAUUAAACCUAACUCCUAAAAAUCUAUCACUCGAUUUUGAGCGAAUAUUUAUUCGGUGAUAGAGAUCUUUUAUGCUACCUUCUCUUCUCCUUUGGUUUCUCCACCCAUUGCUUUGCUAAAUAAAUUACUCUCCAUUUUUCACUAUUUUUUCCACUGCGUACUUGAAUCGAAUUUUUCCUCGAUGUAUUCAGGGAGAAUGGAAGCGUUGUUUUUCCGUCUUUGUGCGGUACAUAGGAAUUUAGAGGUGUUGUCAUUCUUUAGUUCAUCGUAAUGAGCUCAAAAAAGUGGGAAAGUCGAUCUCAGGUGGACUUGACGACAGAUUCAAAUCAGUUUUCAGAAUUCUUAUUGUUUCUUUAGAUCUCUCAGAUCAAUAAGUACGUUGCACAGCGGCCAGAAAUGUAACUUAGGGCGGACAUAAUGGGCAAACAAAACGUAAUUUACGGAUUAAGUAUUUAAUAUAUGGUAUUCUAUCUACAUAAUGUAUAUGUUAUAUUAUAAACAUUAAUAGCUUCCUGAUAUUUAUAUCAGCAAUAACUACGUCAAAACCCAAUAUUUUAUACAACUUACGUUAAUCUUCUGUCCAUUCUCAUUAAAUACUCACAAAAAUAUUAAAGUAUACAGUAUAUUAUAAUUAUUAGAAUCUUUAAUACUGAUUAACGUAAAACCAGACGGGAUUCUAGAAACAGACAUAAUUAUAAAUACUAUUGGAAGAGGUUCUUGUAACACUAAGCAAUUUAUUAAUUUUUUUAGAUAAUUUGGACUUGGGUAUUUGUAAAAUUAAAAACAUUAUAUUUAUUUUUGGAAUUAUUUAAUUUUAUUUGUAUUCAAAAAAUGUUUAAAAUCGAAUUGAAUUGAAGUAACUUGUUUUAUUUUUUUAUGUCCAAUUUAGUUAAGCCACAGCCAUUUUUUUUUCAUUUUGCUAUAAGUCCCUUAUAAAGUUAUUUUGUUUAAAAUAAAAAUCGUAACACUAGUCACUUGUUUGUGCAGAUUAGGUCAGUUUAAGGUUACCUAAAAACUUACCCACCCGGGCCUUAAGAGCCUCAGUUCGCCUUUGGACGCCAUUGACUUGCGAGAUUUUUUUUAGCAUUUUUUUUUCUACACUUCUAUACUCUAACAUGGGUUAAGGUGUUUCAGUGUUCAUGGUUUGAGUUCACUAUAUUGCAGCGUUAGGAAAAUUCCUCUUUCGUUCUCGUUUCGCGUUAAUACUGCAAAAAAGGAACUAGUUCUCGUUCCUCGUUCCUUAAAAAAAGAAACUCGUUCCUUUAAGCGUUCGUUUUUUUUUUUUAUGAAUACGCAUAUUUCAUACCUAUUUGUAAAAAAAGAUACAGGGGAUAGGAAGUUGAAAAGGUAGGCUAACUGACAUUGGAAACUAUUCUUACUUAUAAGAAUCCAAAUGUUUAAAAUCCCAAAUCCUAAUAAAUUAAGUAAAAUUAAUUUCCUAGUUCCUACCCUAAAAAAUGAAAAAACAUAUUACUCAAAAGGUUGAUGCAAAUUACUUGAUAAUUUGACGUUUAUCAUUAUAAAAUUAGUUAUAUAGUUAUGAUUUUAAACCAUUAUCACGAAGGUACCGUUUAUAUCACGGUUAUAUAUAACUAAAUUAGUAACUGACGAAGUGAUAUCAACACUAAAAAAUUUCUAAAUAAUAUUGUCACUAAAAUAACAUGCGUUUCAUUUUUUUUUCCUAAUAGAAGGAACGGAAAUUUCACGUUCCCCAUAAAUAGGAACUCUUUCCCGUUCUUCGUUCCUAUAUUUGAAAAGGAACGCGUUCCUUCCCAACACUGCUACAUUGUCCAUGCCAGUUGCCCAAGUUCGUUCUACGGUUUUGCAUAUGUGUAUCCACAUUAGUAUUCGCUCGUGAGGUGGUUAGAUUAUAUUGUUAUAUUAUUCGCGUGAAUUACGGGUGUCUUGAUUUUCAUUUCUUUCAUUCUUCAUUAUUGCUAUUAUCAUAAUACUGUAUGAUGAUUAUGUGAACAACAAUAAUGAAAAAAUUCAACCUUUAAAAUAAUAAUAAUAAUAAUAAUGCCAAUGAUUACGCGCAGGUUUACUCGUUGUCGAUUGCCGCGAAUGCGCCGGAUUCUGAUUUGCCGUUUGAGUUCAACUACGAUAGAGGAUCCACCGUUAUCGAUCACAACGUAUUGACCAAGGCGGUGUCCAGCGACGGCCAAACCGUGUUUAAAACGAAUAGCCCGCAGCCGAUAAAGAAAUAUCAACAGACGAGUAUCAAUAACGGAAAAACGUCGCCGACUAAUCGCGAAGAAACACAACAAAAACAACAACAGCAACAGCAACAGCAACAGCAGCAACAACAACAACAACAACAAAAACAACAACAACAACAACAACAACAACAACAACAACAACAAAAACGACCGCAAGAAACACAAGACAACAAUAAUAAUAAUUUCGCGUACUCGUACCACUACAGUACUCCGGGCGCGGCGAAUACCGUUAGUACGUUGGGUAAUCCUGCAAUGAACCAGUGGAGUAUUUUCGACAAUCUGAGCAGGUAUGUAUACGGACGAAUUAAAUAUAUACUCGCGAAAUAUUUGUGAUAAAUCACGGAGAAUAUAUUUUUGAAAAAUUCCCUUUUUAAUUUGUUGCGUGUUAGUUAUUAUAAGAACUCGGAAGUUAUAGGAGUUGCAUAUAUUUCUGUAUGUACUGGAUUUAUAGCAGAUCAAGCUGGAAAUUCUUUCCAUACAAUAGGGAGUUUAAUAAUCGUGCAUAUUUUACAUAUUUCGUUAGUUUUAGAAAAAAAGUGCAUAUUUCAACGACUAUUAUGCAUAUUAGGCAUAUUUAAUAUUUGCUAAAAAAAUAUAUAUUUUUUUUCUUAACCAAUGUGUUUUAAAUAAUAUUGAAUAAAAAACUCAAUAUUAUUUAACGUAGUUAUUUAUUGUUAUUUAUUAUCGUCUCAGUCUAUUAUUAAUUUAACGACAAUGGUGCGAUUCGCAUUUAAUCUUUUUUAUGCAUAUUAAUAAUGAUAUUAUAUUGUUUUUGAAUAAUAAACUUUGAAUAAUUUUUUGCUCAUUAUUUAUUACAUUUUUUUCAUGCAUAUUUUACAAUUUUUUCGUGCGUAUUUUGCCUUUUUUUAGCUCCUAUAACUCCCACGCCCUAAUUAUUGUAUAAAAUAUAAUUCAUGAUAUAACACAAAACACCUACUUUGUUCACACCGGGUACUGUCAAAUUUGUCCAUCCAACUUGUAGACAUAAGCGGAGGAAACUAUUAUAGAGUACCGCGGGCAUUUGAAAGACUAGAACUUUACUGAUUUUUUUUUAUAUAAAACAACAAACGCGUCAAAUACGUUUGUUUGUAUAAAUAGGAAUUAAAAUCAUGCAGAAUAAUUCAGUAGCGGUAUUAUAAUUUCGAAUUUUAUAUGAACGCCAAUAUCAAAUCUUUUUUUAACGGAAUUGUCGAAAAAUGAAUAAAAAAGAAAAACGUUCAAAAUCACAUUAAAAUAAAUUUAAAAAUACUUAGUCCCUUGAUGGCAUGGGUAUCUUCUGCAUGACCGUAACACGUUUGGGCAUAUAAACGCAUAACUUGUGUAGGCACCUCAGUGAUGUAUACAAAUGUUAGAUAUCCGUCUUUGAAAUGCAUGAUUUAUGAUAUAUCAACUCAAUAAAGAUGUUGUAAAACAUUUAUCACUAAUUGGUCCAAGAAAAAUUGGUAAAAAUAUGAAAUAAUCGUAUCAAAAUGAAAGUAAAUAAUAUGCAAAAUAUAAACACGAUGUACCAAGAUAAAUAAUAAUUUUAAAACAACGACUAGUAAUUAAACGUUACUAAAAUAUUUUUGGGAAACUAACAUGAGUCAAUUUCCAUGUUCAGGUGUCUCUUAGCUGGAACGCUAAUGGGCUCUCAAAAAUUUAAAAUUAGUAAACAAAAUAAUUGCACCGACAAUAAUACCGACAAAGUAUUAAUGUUUUAUUUUUGUCGGUGUGUCCAAACGUUAUGUAAAUUUGUACCUAAACGUGUUAUUUUACUAGAGAUAUAGUGUACCCAAAGGGCGUAUUAAUUUAUACCCAAACGUGUUGCAUUUAAGGUUUAUUAAAUACCCAAACGUGCUGCGACCCACAAUACUGUGUGUAAUGUAGAAUCAUGCAAUUUGUAUAAAAACGUGUUUACGUGGCAAAACAGAAAAAAAGUACUAACCUUUCAAAGUGAUAUUAAAAUUUUUACUCGCCGUGAUAAUUAAUGACAACAACAUUGUCUGUACCUGGGUUUAACACAUUAAUAUUUAUAAUCCAAACGUUAUAUAUAUUGUGGAUAGUACCUUUUUUUCACAAUUAAAAACCGCUCUAACUUUUUCAAUAAAACUAAACUGACACGAGUAAAUUCCGUUUUCAUUAAAAUAUCACUAGAAUUUUGUGUUUUUGUUUGUUUUUAAAUUUCGAAAUAAAUAAACAAUUUUUUGGACACGAUAAUUGUCACGGGCAUAGAGUUCCGCAGGAAUUUCUCUAGGGAGGAGGCAAAGAUAACAUUAAAAAAAAGAGGUGAUACUGCUGAUCGAUAUGCCACUGUUGUGGGGGAGAAGUUGGGAAUGUAGGAUUCUAAAUGCAACAAAACAGAUCUCCUGUAUCUGUGUUGGAGUAUUAUUUCCGGUAAAAAACAUAAACCGUAACAAUUUCGAACAAUAAAAUCGAUAACGUCCCGGUGUGCCUGGUAUACAUCGAUUAUCUAUUUAUAUAUUAUCUGAUUUAUUGAUGAAUUAAAAAAAAAACUGGGGGUGGAUUUGUCCUGUAUCGCCCGUUUACCACCAUUAUUCGGGACGACCGUGAGAGCUCUUUUUAGGUCCGCGACCGCUCGCACUAGUCGCACUUAUUACGAUUUAACUUAAAUUUUUAAAUUUUGUAUUUUUACUGACGUUGUUAUAUUGUCUGUACCCAGUGUAAUUAUUUUAUACUUUCAGAUAUUUCCCGGGAAUGAGAUUCAUGUAUAUCUGAAAACUCGCAACUACAGUACGGUUACCGGCUAACGGACCGAGUUUGAUUAUUAUCAUUAAGCGACUCUCGCGGUUUUCUCGCACAUCAAAUCACAUUUCAAUACAAUGUUUACAUUAUGUACAAUUACGUACAACGGAUAUUUAACGACGAAGACAAUAUUGUUUUUAUUGUAUUAUAAAAUAUGUAUGCAAUAUAUUUACAAACGCACGCGUAUUUAUUCUAAUUCCGUGUGAUAUAAUUACGAUGUACAAUGUAUUCAACGAUUAUCGCCGACUAUAAUAUUAUAAUAUGCAAUUUUGUACAAGUAUCGCAGUGCCAUUGUAAAUUUGCACACGACACAUUGACAUAAUUUAUAUUAUAAUUUGUUUUACAAUAAUAAUUAUGUACGGUUUUGAUUAAUAUUAUAAUGUUAAUAUUGUUCGCGGCAUAAUAAUACAAAAUAAUAUAUAAACAUAUAAAUAUAUAUAUAUAUAUAUAUAUAUAUAUAUAGUGUCGGUAUAUACACGUUUAUUUUACAUCAUGAUGUAAAAAAAAAAAAUUAAUGUUAAAUAUUAUUAAAAAAAAAAAAAUAAUAAAAAAUAUAAACCAUGAUGAUAGCACGUUUCGAUAUAAAGUAUUUAAUAAUAUUAUUUAUACAUAAAAAUGACGAUAGAAAAAAAAAAAAACACAUACGUAUCUAUAAAUGUUUUUUGUUUGUUCGUUAAUACCUAACAGUACGCAUGCGUAUAUAGUCAUACACAAAUAAUACGCGAAAUACAUUAUAAUUUAUAUAAUAAAUAAAAUCAAUGCUAAAAAAAAAAAAAAUUAAUAAUAAUAAUUUAUCGUAUCGAAACGAGAAGUAAUACACAUAAUACAUAUAUUAUGCUGUAUAUGCGAAUAAAUAUGUAUAUAUAUAUAUAUGUACGAAUAAUUUAUUACACGACGUUACGUUUAAAAUCUUAAAUUAUUAUAGUUUGUUGAUGGGAAAGGGGGAAGGAGGUGGCUGGAAACGGCGGGAAAACAUUUCACCGUUUUCACGUCAUUACUUUGUCGAUCCACGGCACGAAACGCUGCACGUUCGUGUACACGCCGGGCAAGUGUUCGCGGCCGCAUCCGAUUCCCCACGACACCAAUCCGAUCAGCGUUUUCCGUCCGUCCAAAAUCGUAGUCAAUGGUCCGCCCGAGUCACCCUGUAUAC